AUGGCUGAAUUUUCGAUUGAAAAAGUGUGUCAGGCAAUCCAAGUUUUUAAUUCAGGCUAAGUUGAAUAAGCUGAUAGUUUUCUUAGAAGUUUCUCAUAAUCAAAUGAGGCUUGGGGAAUCUGCAUUCAAAUAUUGCAAUAAAAUCCUGAUCCAUCAAUGGUGUUUCAAUUGUUGCGUAUUUUGUAAUCCAAAAUUCUGUAUGACUUCAGUACUCUCAUCUAAUCAUUCAUUAGUUUCACUCACCCCCUCAGAAGUGCCACACAUAUAUCAAAAUUGCAUUCAAAUCAUACUUCACUACAGCGUAUAAAAUUAAAAAUCAACUAGAAUAUAAUGUGUACUUAUGUUCAUCUAUUUAUACUUGUACACCUACUCAUAGCAAACCAAAUCAAUACUAGAGUAAUCAUAUUAUUAAUACUUAGAGUCAUUGCGCAAAUUCUUGAUUACUCUCAAAACAAUAGUCCUCAUUAGAAGUUUUUAUUCGAUGUUUUGGAGACACUCCCAGAAGAACUGACAGAAAAUAAAAAGAUUAUAAUAGAAGAUGAGAAGAGGAAGUUGAUAGCUUAAGACAUUAAAAAUAAAUAAAUGUUGGAUAUUCUAACAUUCCUCCAAACUCAAUGGAAUGCAGUUCCAGAUGAUUCCCUUAAAUACCAUAUAUUGAGAUCCUACAAAAAAUGGUUGGAAUUCAUGAAAUCGAAUAUCACAGAAGAAGAAGCAAUUCAAUUUAUGCAAUUAAGUAGUCAAACCACACUCUUUAAAGGUACAUUGGAAUCCAUAAGUAAUGAGGAAUUGUAAAGUAAAGCCGUUGAAGCCAUAUGUACAUUUGUUGGUAUCAUUCCAAAAACAAUAUGUGAAUAACCUCAAUUGGAACCUUAAGUUUUGCAAUUACUAUUUGAUGAAGUAUACAAAACCUUCCCUGCUUGCAAAAAAGCAUUGGAUGAGGAAACAUGUGAUGAAAUUCACAACCUAAUUAAACUGUAUUCCAAAGUUGGAAAAAAGUGUAUGCACAAAAUUAUACUGAAUUCGCAAUUGGAGCCAUUUUUACAAACACUCUUAUGGAUAUUUUGCCAUGAAAAUUCAUUUACUGAAAGUGACAUCUUAAUGGAUUUUUGGAUUAAAAUGAUCAAAACCAUUAGAAUUAUGAAUGAUUUGUAAUUGUAAAAUAAGUUCUCAUUGACUUUCGAAUAACUCAUCAAUGGAUGUGUCUAAAAGAGCAAAGUGAAUAAAAUACUCUUGGCUGAAUAUGGGAUUUCACCUAAAAUUAAAGAUGAAUUUGAGUAACAACUGGAAACUAGAUCCUAAAUGAAAGAAAUAAUGGAAGAAUUAGUUACUAUCAUAUAACCAAAUUUAAUUAUUCAACAUUUAGGAGGAAUACUUAAAAAGGAAUUCAUUUCACAAAUGAAUGAAAAUGGUUGGAUUACAUUUGAAGCAUGUAUGAAUUUAAUUAGCGGAAUUAUUAAAUAAAUUAUAUUGAAAAAUGAUUAGAUUGGAGUCUAAUAUUUAAUGGAAAUCAUCAAAUUAUAUUUAGAUGUCUAUCAAUAAUAACCAUAGGCAAGCAAUAAUUUCAUAAUGAAAACAGUUUUCAAAACAAUAUCCCAAGGUUGUGCUUAAUUGAUUUCCUCAAAUGAAUUAUUGCCAUCAUUGUUUAAUUUUAUAACAAUAGGAAUACAUCAUAAAGUUUCAUCAGUCUAAAAGAAGGCCACCAAAGCAUUUUAAUUGAUUUGCCAAUAAAAUCAAAAUUUUGUUUUGCUUCAUUUGAAUCAAUUUUUAGAUCUCAUUUUUAAAUUACAAUAAGUCUCUAACUAUGAUAAUUUAAUUAAAGGAGUAGCAAAUGCAAUUUGUUCAAGUUAAGAAACCAUGUAAAAUUAUUACUUGAAAUUGUGUUCAAUUUUUGCUUAAAAUUUAGUUUAAUUACAAAAGUAAAUUGAAGAAUUACUCGUCACAUCUGUAGGAUCGGAUACAUUGGAGGAGAAGAUUAAACAAUUCAGUAAAAACAUUUCCAGUUUAGCAUACAUUAAUAGCUAAAUUCCUGCUAAUGAAUCAAAUGAGUAUUUAGCAGUCAGAGUUUUAGUAGUUAAUGUUUACUAAGAAUUAUGGCCAAUGUUAAAAUUUGGUAUGGAGAGAAUAGCAGUCUUCGAACAUGGAGUAGCAGAGAGAAUAGUGAGAUAUACAAAACACACUUUUAGAAAAGCUUUUAACCAAUUUUCUGUUGAUUUACUCACCUAAGUUUUUUAGAGCUUCUUAAAUGUCUAUAGAUAAGUUCCAAUAACAGCUUGUAUCUAUGUUGCUGAAGUAUCGGCAACUGUAUUCUAUAAAUAUCCUGAAUAUCGUAAUUUGUUGUCAGAGGCCUUUGAGAAUCUAUGCAAUAUUACAUUCCAACAUUUACCUCAAUUGUCAAGUUUCGAAGAGAAUCCUGACUUGACGGAAGAUUUAUUUGGAAUGCUUGUAAGAUAUGGUAGAUACACACCAGUGUUAUUGUUACAAAGUUCAGCAUUGUAAACAAUUUUAUAGUUGACUUUGAUGGCAAUUGGAUUGGAACAUGUAGGUGCUGCGAAAGUGUUUUACUCAUGGUUAGAAGUGACUUUCUUAAUGUUGAAACCCUAAGAUGAAGCAUUCAAAGUCUAAAUUCCAUAAGAAUAUAAAGACAAAUUUUAAUAAAUUAUUACUCCAUUUAUCCCUUAAUAUACAUCGAAAUUAUUCGAAGCUCUAAGAAAGGGACCAAGUGACGAAGAAGUUGAAGAUUACAUUGAUGAUUGCAUAAUAGCUUUAUCCUAGAUCUCAUUCAUUGAUUAUCAUCAACUUUUGAGCUAGGUUUUGGAGGAGGGACCACAAAACAUUUUAACUCAAUCAGAAAAAAAAACAUGGAUAGAAAAUAAUUAGGAUUCUGAAAAGUAAUAGUCAUUUCUAAAACUGUACACAAGGAGAUGUAUUUAGAAUGCUUUGAGAGGGUGAUAAAAUCGUAAAAUGUUAAAUUAAUUAUAUAUAUAUU